AUGGAAUUUAUUUCCAAUUUUUCUGCUAUUCAAGUUGGUAUCCAGAACACGUUUGGCUAUGUGCGACAAAGCAAUGAAUUUCAACCCCAGACAACCCAGAAACCCCAACCGAUAGCCCGACCUGCGAACGGAUUAAUUGUAGGUAAUUCUCUCAAUAAUGGCCAGCUUUUUGACUCUUCUCCCCGCCAAUUUUCUUCUACAAACAGCUUCCAGUUUGGGAGCGGCACAGACAACAAUAUAUACGAGAAAUGGUCAAACGGGCUGGACAUUUUCACAAACGGCAUGGACAUCUUCCCAACCAACACCGACCCGCUGCUGGAUUUGACCUCAAAACUUAUAAACACAGGCUUACACAAUUCCAAACAACAGAUCAAACGGCAGAAAAUGAUUUACCAUUGCAAAUUCGGCGAGUUUGGGACACUCGAUGGUCAGUUCACCGAACCAAGUGGCGUAGCGGUCAAUGCCCAAAACGAUGUUAUUGUGGCAGACACAAACAAUCACCGCAUCCAGAUAUUCGACAAGGAUGGCCGCUUUAAGUUUCAGUUCGGUGAAUGCGGAAAGCGAGACGGCCAGCUGCUCUAUCCAAACCGAGUGGCUGUUGUCCGAUCUUCCGGUGACAUCAUCGUAACGGAACGGAGUCCAACGCACCAGAUACAAAUUUAUAAUCAGUACGGUCAGUUUGUGAGAAAGUUCGGUGCGAAUAUUCUACAGCACCCACGAGGAGUGACUGUGGAUAGUAAGGGCCGUAUCGUCAUUGUCGAAUGCAAGGUAAUGCGGGUAAUCAUCUUUGAUCAGCUUGGAAACGUUCUGCAUAAAUUUGGCUGCUCACAACAUUUGGAAUUCCCAAACGGUGUUAUUGUGAAUGAUAAAGAGGAGAUAUUCAUCAGUGACAACCGCGCUCACUGUGUCAAAGUUUUCAACUAUCAAGGUCUAUUCCUGCGGCAGAUUGGUGGGGAAGGGGUAACCAAUUACCCAAUUGGAGUCGGCAUCAAUACAGCCGGCGAGGUGCUCAUUGCUGACAACCACAACAAUUUCAACCUGACCAUUUUCACCCAGGAUGGUCAGCUGGUUAACGCCCUGGAGAGCAAAGUGAAGCACGCCCAGUGCUUUGAUGUCGCCCUCAUGGACGACGGCUCCGUGGUGCUAGCCAGCAAAGACUACAGGGUCUACAUCUACAGGUAUGCUCCACAUCAUAUACCCGCCCUGGGAAUGUGA